UCACUUGAUUUAAGUCACAUGGUUCAAUUGCGCAUCCAAAAGAGAAAAGUGACAUUAUUAUUGUUCAAUUAUUUGUUUAGUUCUUUUAUUUAUUACUCGUAAAUUAAACAAGUGAUUAGUGUUGAAGAUAUCGUAUUAAAUUUUAUACACUUUAAAAUGAACGUGAAAAUGAUUUAACAAUAAUUCAAAAACGAGGAAACAAAUGAUUUUUUUUAAAUGUUUUGAUCCUGUCAGAAAAUGGUAAUUGAAUAAAAUGAUUUCUAGUAAAUCAGUAACUUUUAAUAAAUAUGAAUUACCUGAAGGAACUUCUAUUUUGGAGUCACAAGUGGCUGGACAUCCGUUUGACGUGGAGAAAAAUACAAUUAGCAUGUUAAAAAGUGACAAUGGCAGAGUUUUAAAACCUGUAUCAAAACCAUUGCUUGGAAAGCGAGAAGUUGAUUUUUAUGAAAAUUUACAAAACGAUACCGACGAUAUUUCAUUGCAAUUGUUGCGAUUUAUUCCGAAUUAUUAUGGAACAAGGGAGUUAAAAAUUUGCGAAAAAGAAACUACAUUUUUAGAAUUGGGAGAUAUAACGAAAGGUAUGAGUGAACCUUGUGUUAUGGACAUUAAAAUUGGAAAAAGAACUUGGGAUCCACUUGCGGGGGAAGAAAAAAAACUUGCCGAAGGAAAAAAAUAUCUAGAAUCAAGACGUGCUUAUGGAUUUUGUAUACCGGGAUUUCAAGUUUAUCGUUUAUCUGACGCUCAAUUAAAAAAAUUUGGCAAAGAUUACGGUAAACAAUUAAAUGAAAAGUCGGUUGUCGAAGCACUGGAAUUGUUUCUAAAUAUUUCCUCAGGCAAUUUACCAAAUCGAGAUUUAAUUUUAAAAAUUCUCUCCAUUUUAUGGAAAAUACUCGCAUUUUUUCGAACACAAAAAAAAUAUCGUUUCUAUUCAAGUUCAUUGUUAAUAGCAUACGAUGCAAUGAAAUUACGUCAAUUAAUACGUUUAAAUGGUCAUCAAACUGAAUCACUGACAUUGAUAAAUCGAAGUAAUACAUUUUCUCAUCCAUUGAAUUCUAAUGAUGAUGAUCAUAAUCAAUUGCCAAUUGGAGAAAAUGGCGGAAUAAAAGGCUUUUUUAAAACAGCAUCGCCAACAUUUUUAAAAAGAGCAAUUCACAAUAGAACAUUGGAUAAAUUUCAAAAAUUAAAAAGAAGUUUAUCAAGCCAUGAGAUAACGAAAAAAGAAAUUGAAAAACAACAAGAGCCAGUGACAAAACCUGUUAUAUAUCAUGAGCCAAAUAGACUUUUUCGAACACAUUCAUAUACUCAUAACUUUGAUAAUGACAUUAAAGAAAUUAAAGAAGACUAUGCGACAAUUCUCGCUGAACUUUGUGGUAAAUCAAAGGACCAACAAAAUUGGGUACGAAUUAAUAUGAUUGAUUUUACUCACGUUUUUCAUGCAGAAGAUAAUGAUUUUGAUAAUAAUUAUUUGGAGGGUCUUGAAAAUUUAAUUAAACUUUUAGAAAGAUUUUUGGCACGAGUAAUAAAGAGGAAUUAAUAAUCAUUAUAAUUGAUUAUAAUUUUAUAACUAAUUAUAAUAUUAAUUAAAUUAAUAUAAUUAUUAACUCAUCCGAAUUAAUUUUAAUAUUUUCUUGUGUUUUAACGCACAUGUGUUCUUUUCUCAGAAUUAAGAAAGUGCCAAAAGACGUCUAUUAUUUUUUAUUUUUAAUAUAUAUUUUAUAAUUAUUGUGCUUUUGCUAAUCAAUUUUAUAAUUGUUAUUUUUUUAAUUGAAUAAUAUAUUAAGAAUAUGAAGAAAGACUCACUCUUUUCUAAGAUAAAUGCCUUAUCGAAAAAUUAUAUGAAAUGUUAAAUUUUUUAAUAAAAUAAAAUUUAAGUUAAUUAUAUUAAUAAUUAAUAUUAAAUAAUUUUAAAGCACGAAAGUACUUAUUGUUUGAAAAUUUUAUGUAUUAUGUAAAUUUAUACAUUUAUAAAUUUAUAAUAUAUAUUUGUUACAA